UGCUUUGUGGUUUAUUCCCGGGUGUGGGCAGCGCUUCCGGUUUCCCCGCCCCAGUUAGUUCGUGUAUGUGACCGGUGCGUGUCGCACGAAAUUCUGAGCUGUCAGAGACGCGCAUUUCACAUCUCUUUAACAAACAUGGCCGAGCCUGAAGAGAGAAGUCUGGACGACUUUUUCGCUAAGAGAGACAAGAAGAAGAAAAAAGAUAAAGUGGGAGCUGGUGGUAGUACGACAAGCGCCAAAGGGUCAACGAGGCCGCCGGACGCAUCCCAGUCAGCUGCCUCAUUGGGUUCCGCAACGGCCAAGGUAGUCAAGAAAGAAAAAACAGGCAAGAACGAAGGGCAAGAUUCCCAACAAGAAAAGGAAGAUGAUGAAUGGAAAGAUUUUGAACAGAAAGAAGUGGAUUAUUCUGGACUAAGGAUUCAGUCGUUGCAAAUUGGUAACGAAAAAGAGGAUGAUGACAUGGAUAAAAAGGAAGAGCAAGGUGCAGAUUGGGAAGAGGCCGGAGGUUCCGGCUCAGACAAGACUUCUGGACCAUGGAAUAAGGCUGCUACGGUCCAGCCUCCUGAAAAUAUUGCUGCAGAAGCUCCAGAGCCAGUACAGUCAAGUGGUGUGUACAGACCUCCUGCUGCCAGAGCUUCUGCUCCACCUCGAAGACAAGGCCCACCUGAAAUCUAUAGCGAUGCACAGUUUCCAUCCCUGCAAUCUACUGCUAAGCAUAUAGAAUCUCGCAGGGACAAAGAAAUUGAGAAAACAUUUGAAAUGGUAAAACACAAAAAUCGUGCAAGAGAAGAGGCUGCAAAAAACCAGGCUGUGCGACUUCAGUUGGACAACCAGUAUGCGGUACUAGGUGAACAGUAAAGCAGCAAAAACUUGCUCGUAAUGAAUGAGCUUUGAUAACCCACCCAAUAAACAAACUACAGCUAUUGGCUAUGAACUAAAGAUCACCUGAUGUGUUGAUCUUCUCGUUGGAAUAAUGUACAUUGGGUAAUGCCAGCAGUUGGAUCUUUACAAUAAAAAAAAAAAUGCCUUGUAUGUGUGGACAGUUGCCUGGUUAUUGAAUACAAAUUACCCACUGCUGAGAACCAUUACUGUUCCAUCUGAGAGGAGAAAUGAAAAGCAACAUUCAGUGGAAAUAUCUUCAUUGGCGCCUUCAACAAGGUUGACUACCUCAGACGUGGAUCGCAGGCAGUCUGGAAAGCAAAAGUUGUGCUUGGAUCUGUUUCAAGGGGAAAGAGGAUUUUUUUUAUUUUUUUUUGCUCUGCCUACUGAAACAACUCUUAACACAUCUGCUCAGUUUGUCUGCUUUGUAUCAGUUUUUAAGUGACCUUAAAGGGAUUGGCCUAGUAUCUUUUGGUGGGUAGUACACAGGUUUUCAUAGAAAUAGUACAAAGCUGUAGUUUGUUUUUACAUUUUAUAGAGGGUAAAACAAGUCAAAUUCCAACUUUCAAAGCAUUUUCUGUAACACCUAUAUCAUUAAGGUUUUGGUCUGUUGUACAAAAGGGUUUAACAUUUGCAUUGAUACAUAAGUUCCGUAGCUUACUGGGUCGUUAAUUUGCUAUGUUUCACAGAUCAGACCAAAUCAACUUUUAAUCUGUUCAUAGAGCAUAAAAAUAGAUUACAUUUUAUUAACUUUCCUUAUAACGCCCAUCUGUUAGAUGUACCAUUCUAAAGAAAUAUAGGCAAGCAAGCCAUGUUAUGUGUGAGAUGAGCAUUCUGCUGCAAUGCAUUAUCUUUCAUGGUGACUUGUCUUUCAUGCUAUGUGCUUGGCUUACUUGCUGUGCCAAAAGUCAUCUUACUGAUACAUUUGUCUUGAGACCUGUAAGAUUCUACUACGUAUAGAUUUUUAUGCUCCAUGAACCAGCUCGGCUUAUUUUGCAUGGCAGAUCCCCAUUUAAAGUUUGUUUGCACUGUAUGAUAGUGCCCCAUUAUAGAACAAGUUGUUGUCCGCACUGCCCUUUCAGUAAAAGGACUUUGCUAUGUGCCACACUUUCCUACUCAAAUACUUGCAAGCGCUGUGCCUGGUUUGUACCAUGGAAGGGAGCCUCUGGUUUAUCUGUUAAGCGGUAGAGCUGUAUCAGUGUAUUUUGCUUUGACAGUACGUUUAAAGUCUUGUUUGUCACUUGUUUUUUGUUUAAAAAAAGUCAUUUGUCUCCUGUAAAGGGUAACUGAAUUCAAUGUUAUAGUUUCGGACUUCUCAUGUCCUCUGCCUGUGAACUCGACUUGCGCGAUCUGUGCUGAGAAGUCAGUAUGUAACAAAUUUAUCUCAAAAACAUUGGUUUAAGUGUUAUUGCCAGAGGUACUGCUUAGUCAUGAAUUUACUCUAGCUCUGGGUUGUUGUUUUUUGCAAAGUUUACGCAAUUCUAUCCUGUAGGUUGCUGACAUCCUAAGCGUUAAUGUUAAUAACUACAUGUAUUUCACCUGCUCACCACUUUUUUUUUUUCUUCAUAAAUCAAUUGAGCAGCGUGUUUUGGCAACCAUGAUGCUGUUGACCAAGUCCCCUGUUGGCUACACCUACAUUAUAAAGGUUCUUCAGCUGCAAUGUUCUAAUGCCCAUCUAUGUAGCUUGUGAUAAGCUUCAAUCGAGCACAAUAAGUUAUUGUCACAUCUGAAAUCUAGCCAUCUAAACUAUGGGUUUUUACAGGUAUGUUAUUUAAAACUGAACGCUGAAAUGUUAUUUAUUUGAAAUGUUUGGUAGACUGAAGUUUAAUUGUGACAUUAAGAUCAGUUAUUUAAAAUUCUACCCGGUAUAUUUUUUACAAACUGUGACAAAACUUUUGCGUUUGAGUGAGUUUUUAUCAUGCUAUUUGAUGGAUAGGUGGAUUGUCCAUGGGCAACUCAGGCAUGGAUUGAGCAAAACAAUUGCAAUCUGUGACAUUAAUAAACUGAAUUAAAAUUAAUCUCCAA